AUGGCCGCACCAGUUCUUGACCAGGCACCCUUUACGCUUGACAAUCUACCUUAUGGCGUAAUCUCGACCAAUGCCGAACCCACAGCACGAUGCGCGGUGGCCAUCGGCGAGCAUGCCAUUGACCUUUCCGAAUAUGCGAAGGAAAGACUUAGGCCCUUACAGCAGGGCCACAAUUACUCCUUUGAGCAGGUCUUUGGAGAACCGGCUCUGAACGCCUUUGCUUCGCUCCCCUGGUACGUGGUGCGAGAGCCACUCAGAUGCUUGAUACAAAUACAUCGCAUAUAUCUUAUUCGCGGAUAUUCUGAUUCGAAAUAGGCCGACGAGACGAGCAGUUCGCGAACAAAUACAGUCCGACCUCAAAGCUGGCAAUGUGCCUCGUUCGACCCUGUUGCCUCUCAAAGACAUCAAAUCGCAUCUACCUUUCAAGAUACCCGGAUACAGUGACUUCUACACGUCUCUCGACCAUUGCAAGAACUGCUCUGGAGAGUUGACGACCGCUGCGAUCCCCAAGAAUUGGUAUCAUGCUCCUUCGGUUUACAACUCGAGGGUAUCAUCUGUCGUGCCUACGCCAACCGACAUUCGACGGCCGAAGAAUGUAUACUUCUCUGGAGGGAUGGAUUCGGAGCCCGCGUACGGACCUACUCGGAAGAUGGAUUUUGAGCUGGAGAUGGGAUACUUCGUCUCCACACCAAUUCCCUAUGGUGAGGACAUGGCAAUUGCUGAUGCCAAGGAGCAUAUCUUUGGAUUUGUUAUGCUGAACGAUUGGUCUGCCCGUGAUCAUCAGGUAUUUGAGAUGCGGCCCCUUGGACCUUUCCACAGCAAAGGCUUUGGAACUAGUAUCAGUAACUGGGUCGUCCCUAUGGAGGCCCUGGAGCGCUUUGGCACCGCACCUCAUCUGAAGCAAGACCCUCCGCCGUUUCCGCACUUGACCUGGCCUUCUCCUCAAGAUGGUGCUUUGGACAUCAAGCUUCGGAUUAAGCUGGUCCGUGAUGGUAAAGAACACACCCUUGGCACCAGCAACCUCAAGUACCUGUACUGGACACCCUAUCAGCAAUUGACUCAUCACGCAGCCAGCGGCUGUGGAAUGCAGACAGGCGAUCUGAUUGGCACCGGCACAAUAUCUGGCAGUGGAAGAAAUGAAAAGGACGAGAUGGCUGAGCUGGGCUGUCUAUAUGAAGCGGAAAGAACGAAGACUCAGGUUCUGCCACAGAGCAGUGGACCCUAUCAGGCUGGCUAUUUGGAGGACGGCGACGAGAUCAUACUGGAGGGUUGGUGCGAGGGCGCUGAUGGCACAGUGGUUCUUGGCUUUGGUGAAUGUCGAGGACGCAUUACGCCGCCCAAGUGA